GCGCCGCGCUCUGCUGCAGCCGCCGCCGCCGCGGGGCGGGCGCGAUGCCGCGAUGGGCCUGAUCUGGCUUCUGCUGCUCGGCCUGCUGGAGCCCGGCUGGCCGGCCGCGGGCCCCGGGGGGCGGCUGCGGCGCGAUGCGGGCGGCCGCGGCGGGGUCUACGAACACCUCGGCGGGGCGCCCCGGCGCCGCAAGCUCUACUGCGCCACCAAGUACCACCUCCAGCUUCACCCGAGCGGCCGCGUCAACGGCAGCCUAGAGAACAGCGCCUACAGUAUCCUGGAGAUAACAGCGGUGGAGGUGGGCAUUGUGGCCAUCAAAGGGCUCUUCUCCGGGCGGUACUUGGCCAUGAACAAGAAGGGACGGCUCUAUGCUUCGGAGAGCUACAACGCCGAGUGUGAAUUCGUGGAGCGCAUCCACGAGCUGGGCUACAACACGUACGCCUCCCGGCUGUACCGCACGGUGCCCGGCGGGCGUGGGGCCCGGCGCCAGCCCAGCGCCGAGAGACUGUGGUACGUGUCUGUGAACGGCAAGGGCCGGCCCCGCAGGGGCUUCAAGACGCGCCGCACGCAGAAGUCCUCGCUGUUCCUGCCUCGGGUGCUGGACCACAAGGACCACGAGAUGGUGAGGCUGCUCCAGGGCGCGGCCGGGCUCCGCCGCAGACAGUCCAGGCCUCUAGGCAGGGCCACCCAGCCCUGACGGCGGCGGCGGCGGCGACAGCGGAGGAGGCUGCGGGUCCAGGGAGGCCGAGCUUAG